GAGUCCCAUUAAACAAAAUCUUGGAUUAAGUUUUUUUUUAACGACCAAACUUGGGUUAAUAAAACUUGGAAUUCACAGUUUCCAUUAUACAUCAAGUAAUAAAGAAGUCUUUCCAAAAAGAAAAGGAUCAAGUAAAAGAGAAGAUGAAAGAGGUGGAAGAUAAAGUUGAAAAAAGGUUGAAGAUGAAAGUGGUGAAGUUAAAAAAAAAAAUGAAAGAGGUGGAAGUUCACUCUGAUCUUAACAUUAAUGGUCACUUGUGACCCUUGACCUUGACCUUGACCUUGACCUAUUUAUGGUGACUUCCUUGACCUUGACCUAUCUAUGCUGACUUGUGACCCUUGACCUAUUUAUCAUUAUGUGAAAAACGACGUAGCCUCUGUUAGGUUUUGUUUAAAUAGAUGUCUCUUCCUUGAAAGGAAAACAAUAUUGAAGGGUUUCUUUUCACUAAGCAAAGAUACUUAUAGAAGUCUAAGAUGAGCGACAAGGAUGAAGAGCUGAAGAAAGUAAUAAUGGAUCUGGAGGAGGAGCGUAGUGAUUUAGAAGAUGCAAACUCCGAACUCUGCCAAAAACUAUGCGAAAGCAAUGAUGAGAUCCGAGAAGCACACGAAGAAUUGAUUAGUGGAUUGAGAGACUUAUCGGAUGAAAGUUCGACGAUCAGAGUGAAAGCAAUGGGACGAAUUGAUGAAAAACCUUUCCUGAAAGUAUGCGAGCAGAGAUUCAGUGGCCAAGACGUUGCACUGCAACACGCCAGGCUUUGCUCUAAAUGGCAGAAAAUGGUCAUGGAUUCAAGAUGGGAACCAUUUAAAAUUCAGAGAUCUGGAGAUAAAAUUGAGGGCGUUGUGGAUGAGGAAGAUGAGAAACUUAAAAAUCUGAGUAUUGAGUGGGGAGAAGACGUGAAGAAGGCAGUCAAGACAGCACUCGAGGAACUGUACGAGUAUAAUGGAAGUGGCAGGUAUCCAGUUCCUGUACUGUGGAAUUUUCAACAUGGGAGAAAAGCGACAGUCAAGGAAGGGAUUAUUGCUCACAUGAAGCAUCAGAUCAAAAAUCUCAAACGCAAACGAACCUGAAUCAAGCACCUUUGACUGAUUGGUUGAUUGUUGUAGCAAGUUUGUGGCUUCAGGAAUCUUAAGUUUAAGCGUUCUCUUUUUAAUUUGUGGUUCUCACUUUGUAUUAAGCCAUUUAAAACCCAUGCAUGGAGGUUUCGUUUGGAAUUGCUGCUUGUGUAUUUCCUAUGAAUAUAAACUAAGGUCGUGCGUUUUUCUGGCAAACUAUGUGUACAUGUUACCUUGUUAGAAACAAGAUGUGUUUCUUUUGUUUUUCUUCCGUAUUAAAAGAAAAUGUGAGACGCUUCAA